AUGGUCGGGGACCACUACAUUUUUAUCAGCCCAGUUGUAGUCUUUCCGAACCAUAGAGAGGAUCUCUUCGGUAAUCGAACAGAUGUAUCUCGAGACCUCUUCGCACCGAACCUGUAUAGAAGAAGGUUUUUCGACUAUGAAAUCGUUAUUGAUCGAGCAUCACCCGGGGUUGAACAUUUUCAAGGGAGGUUCGGCCACUGGUUCAUCAGCCGUUACGCUCGGAGCAGUCGCCUCGGCCUCAAUGGCCGGCCGCGAAGUAGAAGGAGUUUCUUUUUAGGGAACAGUUUUGGAGAGGUCAUUCUGAUAGAAUUAUUUACCCUAAAAUAUAAGCUAUUGCUGAAUCCAAACCAAAGUGCGCAGGCCCAUUCUGAUUACCUUGCUGCUAUCUCUGAUAUUGCUCAGUCCCUAGAACUUGGAUUCUCCAGCAGUAACAUUGAAAUGAUACCCUUACAACCACCAGUCCAUAAGUACUCUAAUUAUCUAAUGACUUCUCCUCCCUCUAAUUUCUCAUUCAUGGGCAAUCCUAUUGAAGAACCAAAUAUCCCAAUUCUUUCAUCCAUAGAUGAAAUUAUUGCAUCUGCUCAUAGUAACGGAAAUGAGUAUUCAUGUUUACAAAACAGAAAUUCUAUGGAGGCAAUGAGGGAGAUGAUUUUUCGUAUGGCGAUGAUGCAGCCGAUUCACAUUGACCCUCAAUCAGUGAAGCCACCAAAAAGAAAGAAUGUCAAGAUAUCAAAGGAUCCACAGAGUGUAGCGGCGAGGCAUCGGAGGGAAAGAAUAAGUGAAAGGAUUAGGAUUUUGCAAAGACUAGUCCCCGGAGGCACUAAAAUGGACACAGCUUCUAUGUUGGAUGAGGCUGUCCAUUAUGUUAAGUUUCUAAAGAAGCAACUUCAGUCCUUAGAGCAAACAGCGGUUAAUAAUAGGCCUAUGGUUGCUGGAUUUUCAACAACACUCUCACCAGCGCCAAUGAAUUAUAAUUAGGGUGC